GUCCCCAGUCGCAGCCCAACCCCGCCCAACGCUGCGAGACUCGGUCCGGCUGGGCUGUGGAUGGCCUUGCUCUUACAAUAAUAAAGAAAUGGAUUUAGUCAUUUAGAGAAACGAAAAACCAAUAAUGAAAGAGUGGACAAAUAGAUGUAUGGCAGGGGUUUGGUCAGUAAACAAAAAUUAGCACAGGAAUUGUGAUUCCGUGCCCCAAAAACCACAUCUGCUUCACUAAACUACUCUCGAUUUGAUCGUUCAUUUCGCCCUUUUCCUUUUUCUUUCACACAUAACAUAAUAUCUCUCUCUCUCUCCCUAGUUUGCCAGUCUUGGCAGUGUUUCAGUGGCAGUGAAAGAAAAGAGAGCGAGAGUUUUCAUUGGGAAGGUAACGCUUUGCUCCACAAUCCAACCCUCCCUACCUCUCUCCCUUUUCUCUCUCCCCUUUCAUGGCUAGAGAGAAACCCCAUUUCCGAAGGCAAAAGAUAAAAAAACUGACUACAGACUAACACUAACUACAACAAACCACUAUUUAGGAUUUUCUGUAAAAAGGCUGAACAAGUAAGCAUAAAACUCGGGAGCCUCUUUGCAUAGCUUCCCAUUCAAAUAAAGCCAGAUUGCUUAUGCGUGUGUACAACCAAGAGAAAGAGAGAGAAACCACAUAAUCAAAUCUUCAAGGGUUUAUAACCAAAACCAAAGGUCACUACACAAUCACACAAAGAGAGAGACAUGGAAAGUGGUGGUGGUGGUGGUGGUGGCUCAAGUAGCAAUUCUUGCUUCAUGGCCUUUGGAGAUAGCAAUAUCAACGGAUACUGCCCUAUAAUCAUGCCUGAUCCCGGCGCCGGAAACCCCCCUUUUCUCCCUCUCCCUUCCGCCAAUCACCCCAUGAUGGUGGAGGAUCAUCACCACGGCAAGAAUGACAUCACCAGCACGGGGUAUUAUUUCAUGGAGAGCAGCAACGAUAAGGCCAAAAUCAUGGCUCAUCCUCACUACCACCGCCUCCUGUCUGCUUAUGCCAAUUGCCAAAAGAUAGGAGCGCCGGCGGAGGUGGUGGCGAAGCUGGAGGAGGCGUGCGCGUCGGCGGCGGCGAUGAGCCGCCACUGCACGAGCUCCGUCGGGGAGGAUCCGGCGCUGGACCAGUUCAUGGAGGCCUACUGCGAGAUGCUGACCAAAUAUGAGCAAGAGCUCUCCAAACCUUUCAAGGAAGCCAUGCUUUUUCUCUCCAGAAUUGAGUGCCAAUUCAAAGCCCUCGCGCUCUCCCCUUCCGCCUCCGCUGCUUGUACCGAAGCAAUGGAGACUAACGGCUCGUCUGAAGAAGAGGUCGACAUUAAUAACAGUUUCAUAGACCCUCAAGCAGAAGACAGAGAGCUGAAAGGCCAGCUUCUACGGAAAUACAGCGGAUAUCUUGGCAGCCUCAAGCAGGAAUUCAUGAAGAAACGAAAGAAAGGAAAGCUGCCUAAAGAAGCCCGCCAACAACUGCUCGACUGGUGGAGCAGGCAUUACAAGUGGCCAUAUCCAUCGGAAUCUCAGAAGCUGGCUUUGGCUGAAUCGACCGGUCUGGAUCAGAAGCAGAUAAACAACUGGUUCAUCAACCAAAGGAAACGGCACUGGAAGCCGUCUGAGGACAUGCAGUUUGUGGUGAUGGAUGCGGCACACCCUCACUAUUACAUGGACAAUGUUUUAGGCAAUCCUUUCCCGAUGGAUAUAUCGCCUGCGCUCCUCUAAAGAGGUGGCUCGAGACGUUGAUCUGAUUAUUUGUCACCAAUGAAUCCAAGAACUGCUAUUUAGUAUGUGUGUCUAUAUUGUUGUAGCUAACUUUUAACUGCUGAAAGUCUAUAGCUUGUUGCUUUCAGUUCGUAUGCCACUGCUAUAUAUAUUUUCGGUAGUAAUGCUUAGAGAGGACCUGGACUUUGGUUUUACUAAAUGUAUUUUGUUUGAGUAGUUAUUAUUAUUAUUAUUAUUAUUAUUA